CACAGGAUAUGACGAAUGCGUUCAAAAUGGCAGCGCUGCUAUCCUGCGUUUCCAAGUGCAAAGCGGGGCUUUUAGAUCCCGGUCCGUUCCUUCUCCUGUCGCCGCUGAGGUUUGCGUCCAAAAAGGCUGGCGGGAGCAGCAAGAAUCAUGGCGGGAAGAGCCCAGGGAAGAGAUACGGCCUCAAGAAGCAAGAUGGAAACCUUGUCCAUGCUGGCAACAUCCUGGCAACACAGAGGCUGCUGAGGUAUCACCCAGGAGCCCAUGUUGGGAUGGGAACCAAUAAUACUCUUUAUGCUCUUGAGGAUGGUUACAUCAGGCUCACCAAGGAGGUCUACACUCCCCCGCCUCGCAGUCUGGAGGCUAGCCAAAUCAUUACCAGACUUGCCAAAGGAACUUUACUUUACAAAACCUUCAUCAACAUUAUUCCAAACAAGCAAGAGCCCACCUUCAAACUGCUUCGCAUGGUCUAAACCUGAUGCGGAUGUAGUUCUCGCGUGAGGAUCGAACAGUGCAUUUUGUAAGACUGAAUUUCCAAAUUUCUUUGACAGUGGACUGCCCCAAAAGUUGUACUAAUUAUUCAAGAUGAACCACAUUUUCUGAAGAGAAAAAAAAAAAGCACACCAUGCAAAACUCCA